AUGCCCGAUGUAACUCACUUUAAAUCUGAUCGCAUGGGCAAUUUGGAUUGGGCAUUUUCAUUUCAAAAUCUGACUUGUAUCAAGAUUGUCGAUACAAUUGGUCGUGUGAAUUGGAACAAGAUCCCUCUCAAUCACUUGGUCAAAUUUAUCUUGCCCGUUCAACACUCUUCUUUGCACAUCUAUGAUAAAUGUCUUACAGAGGCUUCUAAAAAAACAUUAAAAUGCAUCUCACUCGGUACCCCGUUGGAUUUUCACUCUGACGAAGAUAUAGACUAUGUUGACAUGUUCCCAAAUAUCAGUCAUCUCUUUCUCUAUGGGCACCGAGAUAAUACCGCCAAUUGGAGUAGAAAUCGCCUCUACUCUACCAAAUUCCCACUUGUAGAUCAAAUAACCUACUACCAUCGCGAUCGUGGUGUAACCCCGGUCCAAAUGUUGCUACCAUUGGAAAUUAUAUCAAAUAAUAUCGCAAUUAAAAAAUUUAAAUACAACCAUGCACACUCACAGGGAUACCUUGGAAUCCAUUCGUUUAGUUACCUACUAGCAAAGAAAUCUUUACUUCAAACACUACAAGAUUUGAAAAUUGUUUAUCAUGGUGACGUAACAGAAUCGGAAAUUAAAUCAUUUAAAGAUAUUGGUUUUGAUUAUAAUGGUGCAAUUUUAAAACCAUAUUCCGAAAAAAGAACUUUAUUAUUUAAAAAAUCAACUAGACCAAAUAUUAAUAAUAAUAAUAAGAAAUCAAUUCAACUACCAAAUGAAAUCAUUGAAAGAAUUAUAUCAAUGUGUUGGUAUUCACAUGACAGAGUAGAAUGUGUAUGCAAUGUUGAUUCACUUGUUGACAAGUAUCAAAAAUUAUACAACCAAUCUUUUAUUUUCGUGCCAAUAGUAUUAUCAAGAUUUAGAGAACAAGCUCGAAAAUGUCAAUAUCAUCGAUACCAUUACACUCCAUACUCUUUAACAAAAGAUACAAUGGAUAUUGAUUCAAAAUGGGAUCUAACUAGAAUCAACAAAUCACUACACCAAUAUCUUUACAACAAUUUAAUAACAUCAAUCAAACAUUUUGAAUUGUCCUCUUCAUCAGAUAUUAUGCGAUUAAUACCAAAUAUCAAUCAAAUAUGGAUAUCAGAUCAAUCAUUAAUCAAUUAUAACAAUCAAUCAACAUUAUGUAACCAAAUCAGUUACUUUAGAUGUGAUAAUAAUAUUUCAUUAUCAUUCUUGAUGAAACUAUCAAAUAUUAAAACUAUUAAUAUUUUAAAUGCAACUAUUGAUGAUUUGGAUUCAUCAACUGUUAUUCAAUUUUCAACAACACUCAAAAAGUUAUUAGUACCAAAAGAAUUACAACUAUCACAACUCUCACAACAACACCACCAACAACUUGAAACAGUAUCUAUACCGGUAGAUGAUAAUAUCAAUCAAACAUUAUCAUUAUUUUCAAAGUUGACAACUAUUUAUUUCACCAAAGACAAGAACUAUAAAUUAUCCAACAACAAGACAAGCAUUAAAUUCCCAAAGAGUGUUAUCAAAUUGAUAACAGAUUCACUUGGUAUUCAACUAUAUUCAAUACUUUUAAAUAGUAAUAUUCAUACAGUUCGAUUCCUCUCAGAGAUAAACAACUUGGUCUAUCCAUUUGGAAACUCCAAACAAAAAGAUCUUUCACAACUAGAUGAUAUCAAAUCACUCAACACAAUCAUUCUACCAGCACAUAAAGCACAAAGAUACCCUAAACACAGUACAAUUGGAAACCCAUUUAGAUUCAGUGCAUAUCAUAUCAAUCAUUAUUUUAUUUAUCAAAGAGAUAAAGAGAUCAAAUAA